GACAAGUUCAAGCACUAGUUAGUUCUAGAAGGAUCCAUUAUCACAUAAAACACUGAAUCUAAGGUUUUAGGGUUUUGUCUGUCUUCGCUGUUUCAACUUUGAAUCCAAUCUCUCUACCUACUUGGUCUUCUGAGUGUAAAUCCCAAUCAAUGGCCACCACUCAGCUCACAGCAUCAUCGAUUUCCACGAGGAAUGUUGCAUCAUUCGAAGGGCUUCGACCAAUUCAGUUCCCUUGUGCUGGACUUGUCAGAAUCGCCAACCCCACACGGAGGUCGUUCCGGGGUUUGCUUGUUAAGGCUGCCACUGUUGUUGCCCCCAAGUUCACUGCUAUUAAGCCUCUGGGUGACAGGGUACUGGUAAAAAUUAAGGAAUCAGAAGAGAAGUCUCAAGGUGGUAUUUUGCUUCCCACAACUGCUCAAACUAAACCUCAAGGGGGUGAGGUGGUUGCUGUCGGAGAAGGAAAGACAAUUGGGAAGAGCCAAGUGGAAAUUAGUGUGACGACAGGUGCACAAGUUGUGUAUUCAAAGUAUGCAGGUACUGAGGUGGAAUUCAAUGGUACAAAGCAUCUUAUUUUGAAGGAUGAUGACAUUGUUGGCAUCCUUGAAACUGAAGACAUCAAGGAUCUUAAACCAUUGAAUGAUAGAGUUCUCAUAAAGGUUGCAGUAGCUGAAGAAAAAACUGCAGGCGGUUUGUUACUUACAGAGGCAACCAAGGAGAAACCUUCCAUCGGAACAGUGAUAGCAGUUGGUCCUGGACCUCUUGGCGAGGAAGGCAAGAGAAAACCUCUGGCCAUUGCUCCUGGAAACACAGUUUUGUACUCCAAAUAUGCAGGGAAUGACUUUAAGGGCAAAGAUGGUUCUGAUUACAUUACCUUGAGAAGCUCAGAUGUGAUGGCUAUUCUCUCCUAGGAACUGCUUGUAUGGGUUUUGUAACUUAAAAUUUUUACGUUUGUCUAGAGGAGAGUGGAUUUUUCAUUGUAAUGACAAUUGAAAUAUAGUUCAUCUCAAUCAUUCAUAAGACAAUCUCCAUUACCUAUGGACUUGGUAAACCAUUAGUGUUUUAUUGAGUUCUGCUA